AAAAAAAAAACCCAAAAACUAAAUAGGCAAAGGUCUUCCUCCAUCAAAUCCCAAUUAAAUUAUGAUCUCCAUUUCCCACCGUUUUUCUGUUCUUUUCGACAAAUUUUCUUUCUUUUUUUCAAUUUAAAACAAGAAUUGUAUCCAUGAACACUACGGGUUCAAUCGCGGAUGAAUUGGAUCCAGAAUACCGGAUGGAUGGAUCAUGUUGGAAAUUUGAACCAGUUUAUUCAGAUGGAAUUUGGUACCAAAUGCUGCAAAAUAAAGAAAACAUUCUCAAGCAUUCAUCUGUUCGUCUAAACAUUCAAAUUUCCAUCAUCUUCUUCCUCACCUCCUUCAUACAUUUUUUUCUCAGACGCAUACAUUUGCCCCGCAUUGUCGCCGAAAUUUUGGCUGGGAUGAUUCUAGGACCAAGUUUGAUUGGGAAGUACUUUCCUGGAUUAUCAACAAUCUUUUUCCCGCCAGACUCCAUGAAAAUUCUUUCAACCCUGAUGAGAUUUGGUUACUUGUUCUUCAUGUUUUUGAUUGGAGUAAAGAUGGAUGCAGGCCUGCUGAGAAAAUCAGGAUCAAAAUCAUGGGUUAUAGGCACCAUAAACACCCUUGUACCUAUGUUAACAAUGGUGACAAUCGCCAAAGAUAUAAGCAGAACUUCUGAUAAAUAUCCAGAACCUGCAGUUGAAUGGGUCUCGGUUUUCUCAGGCACCCUCAUGAUCACCUCAUUCCCGGCGGUUGCACUUCUCCUGACACAUUUGAAGAUCAUAAACUCAGAGCUCGGACACCUUGCCUUGUCAUCGGCUUUGGUCAGUGACACAACCUCUGUGGUACUAAUCAAUCUUGAAAGUUAUCUGAAGCUAAUCUUUGGAGUGUCUCCAAGGGUAGGAUUCAAAUCCAUAUUCCUUUCCAUGUUGCUUAUUAUUGUUAUAGUGACAUUCUUGAGAUCGACAAUGUACUGGAUUAUCAGAAGAACACCGGAAGGGAAGCCGGUGAGGAGCAACUACGUAUUCUUGGUUGUGAUUCUGGUGAUGCUUGUGGGAAUUAUUGGUGAUAAUGUCGGGUUGCAGUUUCUAUAUGGACCUUUUAUAUUUGGAUUGAUAGUGCCUACAGGACCUCCUUUGGCAUCAGUCUUGGUAGAGAGAUUAGACACAAUUGUUACAGGGCUACUAUUGCCAUUGAUUUCGACUCUCUGUGGAUUCAGAUCAAAUUUGUGGGAGUUGCAGCAUUCACCUCCAAUGUUUCUCACUUUUAUGCUCAGCUGUGGUUUUACAGUCAAGUUGCUUUCAACUUUUAUUCCUGCAUCAUGUUGUCGUGUGCCUAGAAGGGAUGCUGCUCUCCUUUCUUUGAUAUGUUCUGCUCAGAGCAUUGUCCAGUUAGGAGUAUUCAUCACCAAUUUUAAUAAGCAGCCAUUGGCAUCUGGGCAAUUCACGAUAGCAGUUUUAACAGUGUUUGUCCUGGCAACAGCAAUACCAGUGAUCAUCAGCAGCGUCUAUGAUCCCUCCGAAAAGUACUUGGGCUACCAGAAAAGAACCAUUGUGCACUCCACAGAAGCAGAAGGACUCCGAAUUCUUGUCUCUGCACAUAGACAAGAUGAUGCAUUGGCUGCAGCCAAGCUACUAGAUAUAACUGCUCCGACCAAAGAAAGUCCUUUGUUUGUCAUUGGUCUCUAUCUUGAAAGUCUUGUAGGAGGAUCAACACCUCUCAUUCUUGAUCAUCAAUUAGGUCAAAAACUCUCUACUUUUGGAGGUUCCCGUUGGCAACCAGUCAUUGAUGUCUUCACUUUAUUCAAGUCCAAACAUGACAAAUCCGCACAAGUCAAAGUCUUCACUGCAAUUUCUCCUUCCAAACUCAUGCAUGAACAUAUCUCUUGGGUCGCUUUUGAUCACUCUGUCUCCCUCAUAAUCCUUCCAUUUCACAAGAAAUGGAAUGCUAAAGGAAAUGUUGUCAUGGAAAACAAUGCUGCCAGGCUUCUCAACUCUAAUGUAAUGGACAAGGCUCCUUGCUCUGUUGCAAUCUAUAUCGAUAGGAGCAAAAUCCGCAUUAAACCUUAUGUAGCCUCAUCUGUUUACCGUGUUGCAAUUCUUUCAAUGGCAGGUAAGGAUGAUUUAGAGGCACUUGCAUUUGCUCGAUGGAUCACCAGGUGUCCCACAGUUCAUCUCACAAUCAUCAAAUUUGUCGCUGUCAACAGCUACGGCCACAAUGUAUGGGAGAAUAUACUACAUCAAGAGUACACCAAGGACAUGCUGAGACAUUGCAAGCAUGACAACAUAUCUUGUGAGGAGAGAGUUGUGAGAGAUGGAGCAGAAACUUCUCUUUUUAUCAAAUCAGUGGCUUCCGAAUACAACCUUGUUUUGGUGGGGAGACGCCACGAAACUCACUCACCAGUAACCUUUGGCCUCUCUGAAUUCUGCGAGUUGCCGGAGCUCGGACUUGUUGGCGACAUGCUUGCUUCCGCAGACAUCUGCAAUACUUGUUCAGUCUUGAUACUGCAGCAACAAGUCAUCCGUAACGUUUGAAGAUGACAUGCGCGGAUUCAUGGCAGACAGGGUUAUAACUAGCUAAAGUUCAUGGGAGAGAGAAAGGCUUACAUGUACAUCAAGCUAGAUUAAUUCAUGGCAGACAGGCUUAGCUACCUAACAAUUGGAUAUUGCAUGUAGGUAGCAGUUGCAGCUGCAGAAAGAUUCCAGUUUCCAAAUUCUUUUUUAUACCGUAGGAAAAAUAGAUAUUUUUUAAGUUGCUGUCCAUAUUUGUGAAUAUAAGCAAUGUAUUAUAUGCAUCGAUACUGUUGUUAGUCCUGUACGCUGCUCUUCAGCUCUUUGUAUAAAUCAGAUUAUUAGUAAAGGUUCUCAUGAUGGAUA